AUGUCGCGUGCAGCCUCCGCCGGCCUCAAGGACCUGGACGUCUGGCAGAUGCUCGUGGACGAGGCGGGCACGGCCACUGAGCCCAAGACCCUCAUCCUGCUGGUGAGCUUCUCACAGGCUAAAGUGGUUCUUCUUGGGGACCACAAGCCGCUGCAGCCUGUGGUCAAGAAUGAGCAGCUGCAAAACCUGGGCCUGGACGGGUCUCUGUUCAAGAGGUUCCUCAGGGACGCCCUCCCACUGGACACGCAGUACUGCAUGCACGAGGGCGUCUGUGCUUUCCCUGCUGUGGAGUUCUACAAAAAGAGGUUAAAGCCGUGGCAGGGCCUGAGGCAGCCGCCCAGCAUCCUGGGCCACUUGAGCGAGGAGCUCUGUCACCUUGGCGAUGUGCAGAGCCCCGAGGACAGCCUGCUGGUGUUGAUGGACCAAGGGGGCGAGGGUUCCAAGGCCAGCAAAGAGCAGGCAGCAGUGGUGGUCUGCAUCACCAAACAGCUGACCCUGAGAGGGACAGUGGACCCUGGGGACAUCGCCGUCCUCGAGCCCUACCAUGCCCAGGUGUUGGAGAUCAGAAAGAGACUUGAGGAAGCUGGUGUCACCGGCGUGACCGUGUGCUCCGUCACCCAGAGACGGGGGAGCGAGUGGCGCGGCACCCUGGUGAGCACCGUCUGCGCCUGCCUGGAGAGCGGCCAGGACCCGCGGCCAACGAGGACAGAUGAACCUCACCCGGGCCCAGGUGGCGCUCUGUGUCAUCGGUAA